AUGAAGCUGACAACCGUCUUCGCCGUAAUCCUCCCGAUAGCACACAUAGCAACAGCCAAGAUCACCGGUUUCAUGGCGCCCUCCACCAUCGGCGCGGGCGACAAAGUCAAGAUUGUCAUUACGACAUCGUUCAAUGGCACCAGCGUCACUGAGGUUGCUCAGACCUUUGGUAUCGCCAACGGAAACGCGGGUAAUCCAGAAGGCAAAGGGCAGACCCUAAGCGCAAAAUUCUUGGGUUUCGACAACUCGAACAUCAACAACAACAUCAACCAUUACAUCAACAUUCCUGCAGACUGGCCACAAGGCAGUGCCGACAUUGCGAGUGUCUUGUUUGAAAUCACUACGGCCCCGGGGAGUCCGAACGUCCCGCUCAACAUUUUCAGGAACUUUAAACUGCCCGUGACUGUCGGGCCUUUGAACUCGACGAACGCGGAUUAUAGAAUGAGCAUGGAGUUCACGCCACCGGCCUCUAACUUCACGGGGCGGCUCGGCUGA